AAGUUAAAGAGACACGCUUGUAAAAUUUCUUUGUCUAUCAUUCUAAUCACCCAAUCUUAACGUAUGUAUGAAACCACCUAGAAUGCUGUACACGGAGGUGAUUCCAAUGGCUGUGACUUCGGUCAGAACCGUGCAAUUUUUUCCAGACAAUGGGCCGGGGCAGCACUCCCCCCUUGCGAUAGAAACUUCUAGUUAAAAGUCACAAUGGUGAAAAAAGUUUCGCUCCUUGACAGAGCGACAUUUGAUUAAUGUAUCAUUUUACAUUUGUUACCUUUUAACUAAGUGUCUAGUGCUUCUUUUUUUAAAAAUAUAUUAUUUUAAAUCAUCGAUUUCUUGUUGCAUAAUUUAUAGGAUUAAUCGUACCAUUUUCUAAAUCUAGUUAAUAUAAACAGGUCAGUUAUACAAAGUAGUCAUGGCCACAGACGAUGUAGACUACGAAGAUUUUUUGAACCAUCAUUUGACACAAUUGAACUGUUCUGGAAUUCUUGAAGUUCAUCGAAAAACCUUGUUUGACAAACUCAAAAAUGAGGUGUUUGAUGCAAGCGAUUAUUUCACAUUUGUAUACAACGAAGACGGUAAAUUACAUCCAGUUGUUUCAAGAGAGGAAGGAAUAAGAGAUGAUUCACAAAGCAUAUUUCUAAUUGACCAUGCGUGGACGUUUGAAGCGGAGUAUGCUCGCCAACAGUUACGGACAAUACCUGGACUUGCUAAGAGAAUUGCAGGCUUAAUGGACUUGAUUUUUGACGAUGAACAAAGCAGUAUGAUAGAUAAGGACAAUGGUAAAAACGUGGAAUUGGAAAGAAGUGAAAAUAAAGAUGAUGAGAUAAUUUCAAAUGAUGGAUUUUAUACUAAUGAUAAAGGCGAAGAAUUGCCGAAGGAGAAUGUUGUGGAACAGAUUUUUUCAACUAUGUGGAAAUAUAACAAAACAUAUACAGUUAAAGUUAUGAGUAAUGGCACAAAUUUAUCUGAGUUAAAUGAACAGAUUUGUUUUUGGUACAUAAUGGAUGAAUUUGGAUCACGUAUUAGACAUUCUGAUCAUCCUUCAGUGUCAAUCAAAUGCUUUUACUAUGCAAACAGUGGCAUUUCAUACAGUGUUAUGUUUUUGAAUAAGGAUCUUAGUUAUGGAGAUAUCAUCACCCAAGACUUUGCUGCUGGGGUUAACAAUGCUGUGGUUAAGGCAACCAUCUUAUAUCCAUGGCAACCAGAAAACUUUAGUUUUGAUCCAACCAUUGAAAAGAAAGAUAUUGAUGAGAUUCUAUUUCAUAAUGAGACUCGUUGUCAAGAGACUUUUAAAGAAGAGCCUGAAGGCAUUGUUUAUUUACCAAAGAAGGAGACUUAUAAUGUUUAUACUGAUAUAGGCAAUGUUGCAAAAAGUCUCAAAGCACCAAAAUAUUGUCUUGUUGAAGAUAUUAGUCAGGCGGACAUUUUAUGGAUGAAAGAACAUUACAAAGAUUACAAAUCCUUACAAGAAAACGGUCGUCAAUACGUUAAUCAAUUUCCGUUCGAAAAUAUCAUCACAUGUAAAGAUCUUUUAGCUCGAGUGGUUAAUAGAGUGGGGAUUCUAUACCCUGAGAGAUGUGAUCAUUCAUGUACUAAGCGACCAAUCUGGUUUCAAGCAUCUUAUAAUCUUAACUUUGAACUUGCGCGAUUUAUUCAUGAUUUCCGUCUACGUCAUAAAAGUAACCAAGACAACACCUGGAUCAUUAAACCGUGGAAUUUGGGAAGAAGUUUAGAUACCCACGUGACAAAUAACUUGAAUCAGAUUAUCCGCCUGAGAGAGACUGGACCCAAGAUUGCCUUCAAAUAUAUUCACAAUCCUGUCUUAUUUCAAAGAGAAAAUGUAGGAAAAGUAAAAUUUCAUUUUCGUUACAUGGCUGCCGUAACCAGCAUAAAUCCGUUGCUAAUCCAUGUCGAUAAAGUAUUUUGGAUUGGAUGUGCGAACAGACCUUUUUCAAUGGAUAACUUUGAUGUCUACGAGAAGCAUUUUACGACAAUGAAUUACAGAAAAGAUGUAACUUUUAAACAGGUUCAUCAUAACGAAUUUCCUGCGAUGUUUGAUAAUCAGUAUCCAGGAUAUCGAUGGCAUUCUAUUGAGACUGAAGUUCACCAAAUUAUAAAGGAAUUGUUUGAAGCAGCAAGUUUUGAGAAUCCACCUCGAGGAAUGGGACAUUGCAAGCUGUCAAGAGCUUAUUACGCCAUGGAUUUUAUGUUGAAGUGGGCUGAUGACGGUUCAAAGAUAAUGCAACCUGUACUGCUUGAAGUGAACUUCAAUCCAGAUUGUAACCGUCUGGUUCAGUAUCAUCCUGACUCGUUUCAUCAUCUCUUUUCAAUAUUAUUUCUCGGUGAGAAAACUCCUUGGCCUUGUGUACGACUGUAAGAAACCUGGGCCCGAAAUACAUAAUGGCCGCACAUUUUUGAAAGUUUGGAAUAUAUUGCUUGUGGACUUCAGUGUGUGUAUUGUAAGAUUUUUAUUUCUAUUUAAAGAUUGAAAUAUGG